AUGGCGAACACCGAGCCCGACCAAUUAACGGCCAUGACGCCGGCGCAGAGGAAGCUCUUUGAGCUGCGCAUGAAGAUAAAUGCCGGAAGAAAGGCCAAUAAACAGGAAGUGGCGGCGGAACACGAUCGUGUGAAGAACAAUAACAACAAGAUGAAGAAGGAGGAGAAGUAUAAGAAAAGAGAGGAGAAGAAGCUGAUGGCAACAAGUGGCAAAGCUCAUCUUUACGAGACAGCCGAGGUGGCUGAGAUCAAGAGCAAGAAAGCUGGCAAGAAAGAAAAGAGGAAAGCUGCGUUCGGAUGGGACGUUUUCAAUCAAGACUCUUUGUACAAGGGCUACAAGAAGCGACUAGUGAGUCUGCCGACAUCGAAAGAAACUGCUGCUUCUGUAGCUUCCACUGGCGAGGACGCGCUUGGCGAUGAACUGGCGUAUGGCAAGGACGACAAAGUCGAAGAGGAAAAUGUGGAGCGUAUGGCGCAAGAACUUGAGGAGCGUAUCAAAUCGCGUAAGAAAUUCAGUCGUCGACGCCAACACUACGAAGGCGAAGAUGUCGACUAUAUCAACGGCCAAAACCGCAGUUUCAACCGCAAGGCGUCGCAGGCCUUCAACAAAUACACGGUGGAAAUUCGACAGAACCUCGAACGUGGCACGGCAUUGUAG